AUGAAUACUUCUGCUCAGGAGCAGUUUAGCGGCACACCAAUGGGUCGCCCGGGACAACCAAGUGAGGUUGCAACAUGUUUCGUCUUCCUUGCCAGCCAGGAUAGUAGCUUUAUUUCUGGCCAAAUACUUUUGAAAGGAGAGGCAUUGACCGCAUACCAGGUCACAGCCAGCGGCUCAACUAAUGCUGAAAAAGAGACGCCCGUUCUGGGUGCAGGGGCGAGAAACCUUCGGAGGUGUACCAACGCACGGUUCAUCUGGCCCCGUCUUCCAUCCAAUUAG